AUGUCUCCCGUUUCUGUCAUUGGGCACAGCCUGGUACCACUUCAUUUCGAUACCUAUCCUUUGGGAACCAUAAAGCCUAAUGGCUGGUUCCGAGACCAGCUACGUCUUAGUGCAAAAGGUCUUGGAGGCAACUUGUUCUACUCCUAUCGUUUCGUCAAAGAAAGCACUUGGCUUGGAGGCACAUGGGAGUACACCCCCUUGAACGAAGCAGCCCCAUACUGGUAUAACUACAUUGUUCCUUUGGCAUACACGCUUGACGAGGUAUCAGAUUCGGAUCUGUUCAUCGAGAUCAAGAAACAGGCGGAAUUUUUCCUUGAAUACACGUUGUCUCACCAAGCUGCAGAUGGCUGGCUUGGCCCAGAGACAACGUCCCAUACCCGCGGUAUCUGGGCGCGUUGCCUCUUGCUUCAAGGCCUCACGAAUCAUGCCAUCGCGGACUCGACAAAGCGGCAGGCCAUCAUGGACGCGAUCUUCCGUUUCAUUAGACUAGUACACGCCAUGCUCAAGGAUAACUAUGCUGGGUAUAUCCCGCGGAAGGACGAUGUUUUCGACUUGCAACUCUUUGGAGUUGCCCGUGCCCAUGAGCUCGCGCUAACUCUUCAAUGGCUCUACGACCAGACCGACGAUACCAAAGACCGCAACAUUAUCUGGGAGGUCAUGGAGAUGAUGUGGCAAGGAUCUCGAAUAAUGGAAAGAGAUUGGACCAUUUUCUUUGGGAAAGACUUUCCACACGAGCCGUCUGUCAGAUAUAAGUCUCCCAAUUUCAAGCACGGUGUCAAUGUUGCGCAAGGACUUCGUUAUCCAGCUCACUUGUAUCGAAUGCACCCAUCUCCUGAGCUAGCGAACCUGUGCAAAGAUGCUGUGCGCAAAACCUUCAAGUAUCAUGGAACUCCCGCCGGAUCAGUCAGUAGUGAUGAGUACAUUGGUGGCCUCUCUCCUCAACGAGGCUCUGAGCUUUGUUGCUCCGUCGAGCUUAUGUUCUCGUUGUCAUACCUUUACCAACUCUUUGGGGACAAUGACAUGGCCGACCGCGUGGAACUAGCAGCAUUCAACGCCAUUCCAGCUGGAGUCAGUGCGGAUUGGUGGAGCCAUCAAUACAUCACUCAGGUUAACCAGCCGUGGGCCUGCGAAUUGGAACUUGCCAAAGACGAGAAGACGCCAUUUUACGAUGUCUGCAGAUACGCCAAUGUCUUUGGACUAGAGCCAGAAUUUCCAUGCUGCACUGUCAAUCAUCCUACUGCAUACCCCAAGAUGUUGAUGAACGCAUUUCUCCGAGGUCAGACAAGCAAUGGCAUGCCUACAAUGGCCCAUGCCCAUCUCAUUCCUUCCCGGCUGGACAUCGACGGGAUAAGCAUCAACUGCGAGUCGAAUUACCCUUUUGCUCCCUGCGCAUUGCAUUAUUCUAUACAUGCGCGAGAAGCAUUCGAGUUCCUCAUCCGAGUGCCACAUUGGACAUCGAGCUCCUCGACCAUAGAGCUAUGUGAAAGCGGAUCACAGACUCGACGAGUAACACAACCUUUCGGCUCGACUGCCAGAAACGGAGGUCCCGAAUCCUUUCACUGUCUACAGAUUCCUGGUGGAGCAAGAUACGACAUUUUUGUGACUCUGAAUGCGGAAGUGAGGGUCAAGGAACAUGACGACAAGUCCGUCAGCAUCUACUAUGGCCCCUUGCUGUAUGCUUACGAGGUCGACUACAAGAUUACCACGAGACUCCCUCGCAACUACAAAGACCAAACCUCCGACUGUACAGAAACCGCAAAUUGUCGUGACCACGACUACCUCUCAAAUUCUCCUUGGAAGAUCGGAAUUGAUCCUAGCAAGUGCGUCAAAGUGGUCGUAGAAAGAGACCCUUGGGUGGAAGGAAGUGAGAGACAGGUGGCUGCUCUUCCGAACCCGGUUUGGGCUUCAGGCACUUCGCCUGUGCAUCUCGAGGUCGAGGCUGCUUGGGUUAAUUGGCCUGUCCAGAAUGGUACAGCAGCAGAUCCCAGUGUAGUCGAUACAUCUUCGCAUGGGGAGAGAUUUGUGGCCCGCUUGGUCCCAUACGGCACCGCAAAGCUACACAUAGCACAAUUCCCUGUACUCAGAACCGAGAAGACUUGA